UUCUGCUUUCAUCUGCUUUUACAAGAAGCAGCUACUCUUACAGCUGCUGUUGUUCAUGUGGAUACACAGACACAGAAGGGUUUCUUAAACACCCCAGCAGAUUUAACACUUGAUCAACAUGUGUAAAUAAUGACGAGGAAGAGUUAUUUCCCCAAAGAAUAAUCCUGUCCAUUCCGUAUGGCUCAGUUAGGCUGCUCUCAGCCCAUGCUAAUUGAAGAAUCCAGUCUCUCUGGAUGGAAGGUGAUUGAUUCUGGAGGGUUUGGACAAAUCUACAAGGCCAGACAUCUUCACUGGUGCUAUGAUGUGGCCAUUAAGCUGCUACACUAUGAUGACGGGAGGAGUUCACUUUUGAUGCGUGAAGCAAAGAUGAUGUGUCAAGGAAGCAACGAGUAUGUCAUGCAGGUCCUGGGGGUCUUUAAAGGCAGGGUCCCAAACUCUGUACCUUCAAGGCAGCUGGGUUUGGUCAUGAAGUUCAUGGAGCAAGGAUCUCUGACCACCCUGCAGGUUAAUCUAUGUGGACCUCCACCGUUGCCCCUUGUCUUCAGACUGGCUCAUCAGGUGGCUGUGGGCAUAAACUUUCUCCACCAGCUGUCCCCCCCUCUGCUCCACCUGGACCUGAAGCCCAGCAACGUGCUGCUGGACCCUGAUCUCAAUGUCAAACUCACAGAUUUUGGUCUUUCCAGAUUGUACCACAGCGUCACACAAGGUUCUAGAAAGAAAAACAAAGAUGAAGGAGGAACCAUCAGCUACAUGCCACCAGAGGCGUUUGAUAUUUCAUACAAACCCAAGACAGCCUCUGAUAUCUACAGCUAUGGGAUUUUAUUGUGGUCCAUAGUAACUGGAAAACAACCUUAUGAAAAUGCAAUGUCUGAGAUGGUGCGACUAAGGAUUCCCCAGGGAGAUCGUCCUUCACUGGAGGACUACACGAGUAAGGCUGAAGGGUGUGAAGACUUGAUGAAACUUAUGGAUCUCAUGGUUAAAUGCUGGAAGGGAAAACAUGACCAAAGACCCACCUCUUUUGACUGUGCUACCUUUACAGAAGCACUAUUUCAGACACACAAGGAUGCAGUCGUUGAUGCUGUCCAUCAAGUGCUGAAGAUGCUGAAUAAACAGGAAGAAGAGAAAAUAAUAGAGCAAGUUCAGAGGGUCCAUAUCAAUCAGGUGUCAGCACAACCAAAUCCAAAAGACAUGUGUGAGGACGUGCUGACUGGACGCCCCCCUGUUCAGGAAAUUGAUUGUGGUCAGGCUGAAGCAUGGGUUAAAGAUCUUCUGCCACCUGAAGAGGGAAGCCGAUUCGAUGUCCCUAAAAUAUACACGUCAAAAGAAUAUGAAAUCAAACGCUCCUCCGUUCAUCCAAUCAGUGUCUCCACAUCGCCUCGUACAGCCCAGAAAUCAACUCAGUGCAGUGAAGUAAAGGCAGAUUGUAAGCAAAACAUCACUCAGCCGUUCAAGCGACAGGUUUCCAGCCCCGGUCCCUGUUCCUGUCCACCUCCCUCCGUAGGUGAAGUCUCCAUCCAUAACAGUGAAGUGACCGCGUUGAUAUUUGGCUCAGACAACAAAAUGACCAUCACCGGCAAAGCCAACUCAAACAGGAGGCGUCAUCUAACAGCGCCAUCUAGUGUCAAUGUCCUGCCACAGCGCUCAGGAUGCCGGAGGAAAAAGACAUGAAGAGGACUUGGUUAGAUCCACUUCCGUAAAAAAGUUUCUUCAUUCAUUGCUUUCUCGGUCUUGCAAAACAGGGAUUGAAUGUCAUGAAAGAGGAAGAAAAGUAUUUGAAAAACAAACAAAAAACCCUUUACUUUCUAUGGUUUCCUUUCUUAUAAAAGUAACUGUACACCCACACGCUUUCUACAUUGUCUAAAUGUUGCUUUUUCUACGGACUUAAUUUAUUCUGCUAUUUUUUAUUAAAAGUAUACAUAUGUUGUGCUAAAUGCUUUAGAAAAAAGAAAAUGCCAUGAUUUUAAUAAAAAAAAAAGAGUUUAAUUUGUUUUCAAAAACAACUAUAAUUUCUGUUCCGGAUCUGGCUUUAUUGAAGCUGCGGCAUGAAACUGUGGCCAUCAACAUAUGAAGUACUGUACAUAUUUAUAAAAACACUUUUGGAAAGUGUGUGUUUUUUAAGAAUUGAUUUGACUCUUUUUCAGACAUACGGGAUUCAUGGUAAAAGCUUUAUCUUACAAAAA